AUGGCCCCAGAGCCCCGCUUGAGAGCCAUCCUUACAUGGAAGAUGCUGAAAGGAACUGGAAUGUUCUGCCUCUUCCUCACUGGCCUCAUUCUACUGGGAAGAGAAGUACCAGCCAGACCCACGGAGAAGCAGGCUCCUGCCACACAUGGAGAUAUGAAAGCAUUUUUCCAUCUGGUUAAGCAGAACACUUGGGAGGAAAAUGCCAGUCUUACUAACCUGUCCUGUGAGGAGCUGAGAAACCAGGCCUGGACCACCCUGCACCUGAAAAACCAAAAUCUGACUUCUUUCCCUGUAUGCCUGCCAGAAUUUCUGGAGCACCUGGAUCUCAGUGUCAACCUCUUGCCCCAGUUACACAGCCAGGAUGUGGCGUACCUUCCCAGGUUGCAAGUUCUCACCCUGAAGCACAAUCAGAUUCAAGAAGUGACGUGGGGGGCCUGGAGCCUCAGCAGCCUCCAGGCCCUAGAUCUGAGUUUCAAUUUGCUGUCAUCUGUGCCCGCAUGCACUGCCUCCUCUUCUUUGGCCAGUCUCAGGUGGCUGUCCCUGGCUGGAAACCCCAUCGCUGAGAUCCAGCCAUUGGCAUUCUCCUGCUUUCCUCGGCUGCUUUUCCUGAAUCUGUCUUCCACUUGGCUGGGAAGGGACGGCCAAGGGGGCAUUAGUGAAUCUGCCUUUGCAAUGAACUUGCGUCACGUUGGAGACUCCACCAGAAAACCCGGGAGUGCGCUCAGUGUGCUUGACCUCAGUGCCACAUUUCUGGAGAGGAUUCAUCAGGGCUGGAUCAAAAAUCUGCCCGGACUCACAUCCCUCUAUCUAACCAGAAUGAGGCAACUGAGAAGCCUUGAUGCUGACAUCUUCCCUCACGUGCCCACGCUGAGAGAACUGGACUGCCGGGAUUCGCAAGCACUGACUCUGGUGCAUACUGAGUCAUUCAACCACAUACCACAUGUGGCUCUCCUCCUGUUCCAGAAUUGUAACUUGAGUUCUUUCAGUCCAUGGAAUCUUCGCUCAUCAGGCAACCUCGUCAUCAACCUCUAUGGAAAUCCUUUGGUCUGCCACUGUGACAUCUCCUGGUUGUUUGCCAAGCCAGGCAAAAUAGUACUGCAGAGGGCAUCAGAAACUAUGUGCUUCCCGUCCCCCGGGGAGAGUGUAGCCCCUUUAUCUGGGCCCUUGCCAUUGCCUGAACUCUACAAUGCAUGCCAAGGGCAGAGAACUGCCCAUUCAACCCCAUCAUGGACUCUGGAUGAACCUCACAGUGCUUCUUCCAGCUCUGCCAUUAGUACAUGGUCCAGCAAGUCCCAUCAGAAAUGGGGCAGCACUUAUGCCCCCCAGAACACACAUUGGCCCUGGGGAGACACAACAAAGCAGGAGUUAACUAAGGCAGCCAUUCUUGCUGACCGAGAAGAAACAGUUCACGGUUCUGCAGACCAUCCUUGGACCCUGGCAGCUGUUGGCACCACUCCCUCAACAACUCUGGAGACCUCUGCUGGACAACCCUUCAUAAGCAUGGUCCACCUGGAUCCUGGAAAGCAGGAUGCUACAACCGUGAAUUCCAUGGACUCUCCAGAAGAAACACAGUAUCACACAGUUGUGCUCACUCCCACAACUGAAGCCCCAGGAACCAGCCCUUCCCAGGCUCCCAGUGGCCUGUUUAUCCCACACAUCAUGGCCCAUUCAGAACAAACUACACGGCCACUGCAGAACACCACCAAAGCAGUUUCCCUUCCACACCUUGCAACCAGUGAUCAUCCAGUGCAUUACGAAGAUGAUGAUGACUAUGAAAUCGAGCAAGAGGACUCUGCAAUGGAGAUGCUCCAGUUUUGUGACUACGAUCCAUGCAGACACCUCCAGAAGCCUUGCCCUGAUCUCCAGGUGCUGUCUCCUUGCUUGUGCCCAGGCAUAUCUAACGACUUCACCAUCCCAGAACCACCAAGACUCCACAGAGUCUCUGAAAUAAGGGACACUUCUGCAGAGAUCCACUGGUGUGCUCCUAGCUCAGCAGUGAGGUUCUACCAGCUUGCCUACCACCCAAAAGACAGCAAGAUGAAUGACACGCUUUCUGGGGAGAUUUAUGCCACAGCCAGGCGGUAUACCCUGUACAACCUCCUGCCUGGAUCAACCUACCAGGUAUGUGUAAUUGCUUCAAAUGAGGCAGGGUCAAGCCGGACUGCAGAAUGGGAUGCGAACAGCACUCCAUGCAGUACCUUUGCAACACAGUCCAGCUACAAGCCUCCCUUGGUUGCCUUGUGUGCAACAAGUGCAUUUUUUCUCACUGCUACCAUAUUAUUGUCAGUGUGUCUAUGCAAAAAACAUAGAACACCUCACAGUGAGCAGCAUGGCACACGCUUGGUCUCUUAUAAAAACCCUGCUUUUGAUUACUCCUUAAAAUAA